AUGAGAGACCCGGCCGGGCAGCUCCCUGCGGGCAGAGAGGGUCCGGCGCAGAAGCGGCUGGGUCUGUUCUCCAGGCUGCGGUCGGCGCGCCACGGCAAGGGCGCCUCCCUGGCCGCCGCCGUCAGCGAAGCGCUGGGCGACGCCAGCUCCGCCCGCCAGUCGUCUGAUUCCACGCUGCAGCCGGUGGGGCGCCCCAGCUCGCUGCCCAGCGCCCGCUCCAGCUUCGACUCGUGCGGCGACGAUGCACCCAUGUCGGACCCCAACCACAGUCAUCGGGAGAGCCUGGACGAGAGCAACGCCAUCACCGCCGCCAGCGCCUACGACGACGCGGUGGCGCGCGGGAUUGGCGCCGCAGAGGCGGCCGCCGCGGCGCAGUUUGCGGCCGCCGCCAUGGCCGCGCAAUCCCAGUUCAUGCAGCAGGCCGCGGGGCCGCACCAGGCGGCGCCCCGCGAGGCGCCGCCGCCCGGCGGUCUGAGCUCCUUCAGCGCCAGCCUCCCCGCGGCGCCCUCCCCCUCCGACAGCAGCUGCAGCAGCGCCUCCGACCGGCAGCAGCCCCCGGGCGGCGCGGACCGGCGAAGGCCCUCCCCGCUGAGCAGCAGCGGCGCCAAACCGGGGCACGACGGCGGCCGCCGGCACGGCAGCGGCAAGCACGCCGAAAACCUGGAGCACGGCAGCACCGCGCCGCCGGGCGGCAUCGACGAGCUGGCUGAGAUGCUGCUGGCGGCAGCCAGCAUCGGCGCAGCAGCCGAGGCCGGCGGCAGUACCAGUACCAGCAAUGGGGGCGGGACACCCGGUCCCGCCAGCGACCUGUACUUGCAGCCGCUGCAGGUGACCAGCAGCGCGCCUGCUGUCGUGGCAGCCGCCGGCGGCGGCGGCGCGGCCGGCGGGCAGCACAGCGCGGCGUCCCGCCUGUCGGCGGGCCGCCACUCGGCGCCGCCGGCCCACGGCGCCGAGCCGCUGCUCAACUCGCAGGUGGCCCUGCUGGCGCAGCAGCUGCUGGCGCAGCAGCAGGCGGCGGCGGCCGCAGCGGCCGGCAGCAGCGCGGCGCGCCUGCGGCACAGCAUCCAGCUGGGCGCAGAGCACCAGCAGCAGCAGCAGCAGCAGGCGCAGUGGCAGCCGCCGCGCCCCGUCCCUCUCGACCGCUCUCGCACCAUGCCGGCGGCCGACCUGGCGCGCGGCCGCGCCGGCGGGCCGCUCAACGCCGCGCAGCUGUUGCUGCAGGGCGGCGGCAGCGGCGGGCCUCGCGCGCUGGGGCCGCUGCCGCCGCAGGCGCCCGGCGGGGGCAGCAGGAGCAUGGGUGCCAUCAUGGGCCUUGCGGUGCUGGAUGCGGCAGCCCAGCCGCGGUCCAGCCCCCCGCAGCUAGAAGAGCUAGAGCCGUCCCCCUUCUCCUCGGUUCAGGGGGUGUAUGGCUGCCACCUGCUGCCGCCCACCGACGUCUCGGACCCGCUGCCGGAGCCCUCGCCCCGGCCCAACAGCAGGCAGGCGGCGGCUGCCAGCCUGGCUGGCUCUGCGGUGCCGAGCAGCAUCGAUCUGCUGCUGGAUCCCGCCUUGCCCGCCACCAGCCGCGCCGCCUCGCACCGCCACAGCCUGGACACCCUGCAGGAGCUCUUUGCCACCACGCCCGUCGCCCUCAGCGCGGGCACCCCCGGGCGACCGACAGUGGCGCAGCUGAUGCAGCAGUUCCCCAGCGGGCGCGGCGGUGGCGGCGGCGGCGGCAACGCGGUGCGCCACAUCGGCGUGCGGCACAGCAUGGACGAGGGGCGGCGCACGCAGCACGCCAGCCGCGCGCUCGCCGCGCUGGCGGCGACCCGCAGGGGCGCGCGCGCCGCGGCCGUCGACCCCGCUUCCUCCUACUAUGGCCACAUCAACGCAGGCGCUAUGCAUGACCUUGCCAACAGCACAGUGACGGUGGUGGCGGGGGCGGUGCCCGUGCCUGCGGCCGCGGCAGGCCGCGCCACCACCUCCAUCUCCGCCCACGCCUCCUCCAUGGUCGACCCGGCCGCCAAGCCGGUGGCGGGCACGUUUGAGGCGCGCAUCGGCACGCCGCAGGAGACAAUGCUGGAUCCUGACCUCCACGAUACCUUUGGGGCCCACCCCUCCUACGGGCUGUCCCCCACCCGCCCCGCGCCCCACCGCCGCACCGCCAGCGGCGGCAGCCCCGCGUCGGACGCGGGGCGCGGCAGCGGCGCCGCCACCCCCACCGCCGCCACCUCCGACGGCUGGCGCCAGCCGCCGGCGGCGGCGCGGCGGCGGCACGCGCCGGCCGGCGCUCCCGCUCCAGGGCCCGGCCUUCACCACCCCACCGUCUACCAGCCCCACCAGCCGCCCGUGGGCGCUGCGGCGCUAGAGGAGAUGUCUCCCAUCGGCAAUGCCAUGAUGCUGGCGCCCACCAGCAUCCCGGGGCAGCACAGCAUCACGGUCAACGACCCUCAAGCCAUCGUCCCCUCCCUCAGCUUCCUCAAGCAGCGCGCCCUGGCGCGGCAGAAGCUGGAGCGUCUGGAUCAGGCGCAGCAGGCCAGCGCCGCCGCCAGCCGCGGCGGGUACAUCGCCGAGGCCAAGCGCGUGCUGGCGGCGGCGGUGCACACGGCCACAGCGCAGGAGGCGGCGGUGGUGGAGUCCAGCUGCUCCGGCGCCAUCGGCCCGCUGCUGCGGUACCUGCGGGACAACAAGCACAACGACGCGGCGCUGCGCUCGGGCCUGCACACCCUCAGCCUGCUCGUGUCCAACUCGCCCAACCGCGGCAUCAUCGUGUCGUUCCACGGCCAGGCCAUGCUGUGCGAGGCGAUGCGGGCCAGCCGUGACCUGGGCAUCCGCGAGAACAUCGUGCAGCUACUGUGGGACCUGGAGGCGCACAACCAGGAGUGCCACCUGGACCCGGACGACAUCCAGGCGCUGCAGUCUGUGCUGGAGGCCACCAGCAACGCCCUCAUCGCCUCCCACAUCCUCCACCUCCUGCACCACUGCCUCGCCCACCCCGAGCCGCCGCCGAUGACCGCGGAGCAGAUGCAGCUGUGCGCCCAGCGCCUGGUGAACGAGAUUGCGGCGCACAAGCAUCACCUGCAAGACGCGGCGCAGUACACCCUGGGCAAUCUGAUGGCGGUGGUGCUGGGGGACGGCCGCGUGGGCGUGCCGCAGCGCCAGGCCAUGGUGGCCCGCCUGCUCGAGGAGCUACGCCGCACCACCACGCCGGGGCAGUGCCAGGUGGUGCUGACGGUGCUGAGCUGCGUGGCGGGCGAGCCCAGCGUGCGCAGCGCCAUGGCCGCUUGCCACGCGCGGCGCCGCCUCAUGGACUUCUCCCAGCGGGUGGGCGACCCGCGCCUGCGCGCCCGCUCCCUGUCCCUCAUCAAGAUACUGCACAAGCAGGAGGCGAUGGAGUCGCGGCCCGAGCAAGCCGUGGGCAGCUGGUACUUUGGCGGCGGCGGCGGCGGCGGCGGCGGCAGCGGGCCCGGCACGAGCGGCUCCUCGCCGCCGCGCUCGCGAUGA